AUGACCGCCGUACUCCGCUCCGGAUCCUCCAUGUCUCUGUCCUCUUUGCCCAUGGGAUCAAGGCGAUCUUCGAGCGUCUAUGGCGGGGCUGGUGGUAGAAGCGUCCGGGUGUCCCACGUCUCCAAUGGCUUCGGCGCCGGAUUUGACCUGUCGAGCGCGCUCGGAGGAGGCUCAGGAGGUAACAGCUUGGUCGUGUCAGGCAGCGAGAAAGUGACCAUGCAGAACCUCAACGAUCGUCUUUCAUCUUACCUGGAUAAGGUGCGCUCUCUGGAGUCCGCCAACACGAAACUGGAGCUUCAAAUCCGCCAGUGGUACGAGAGUCAGACCCCGACUGUCUGGGACUACAGCAAGUAUGAGGCGAUCGUUCAAGACCUGCGCAACAAGAUCAGUCUUGCUACACAGGACAAUGCCAGGCUAUUGCUGCAGAUUGACAACGCCAGACUGGCAGGAGAGGACUUCAGAAUCAAGUUUGAGAAUGAGCUGGCAGUGCGCAUGUCAGUGGAGACUGACAUUGCCGGACUGCGUAAGAUCCUGGAUGAGCUGACCCUGACCCGGUCUGAACUGGAGAUGCAGGUGGAGGGCCUGAAGGAAGAGAUGGUCUAUCUGAAGAAGAACCAUGCUGAGGAGAUUUGUGCUUUGCGAAACCAAAUUUCUUCAAGCUCUGUGAAUGUGGAGGUGGAAGGUGGACCACAGACGGACCUGACCAACAUGAUUGAUGAGAUCAGAUCUCAGUAUGAGAGCAUCAAUGAGAAGAACCGCCUUCAAAUGGAGACUUGGUACAAGGCCAAGUUUGACGAGCUGAACAAGCAGGUGGCAACCAGCACAGAGACCCUCCAGACCUCCCGCACUGAAAUCAAUGACCUCAAGAGGACCCUGCAGUCCCUGCAGAUUGAGCUGCAGUCCCAGCUCAGCCUGAAAUCUGCCUUGGAGGGCACACUCGUAGAGACAGAGUCCCGCUACAGCCUGCAGCUGAGCCAGCUCCAGGCCAUGGUCAACUCCCUGGAGUCUGAGCUCGGCCAGGUGAGAGCGGACAUUGACAGGCAGGCCAUGGAAUACAAGAUGCUCCUUGACAUCAAGACCAGGCUGGAGCUGGAGAUUGCUGAGUACAGAAGACUGCUGGAUGGAGAACUAAGAUUAAAUUUUGAUUUGAAUUUCUCCUCUGCAUUAGAACCGGUGAUAACCCAGAGGAGGAAGGUGGUGAUUGAAGAGCUUGUCGAUGGAAAAGUGGUGUCUCGCACAGAGGAUGUGGACACAUCAAUCGUCAGCCCAUAG